CAUUUCAAAAUAGGUCUUCGUCGUCUCUCAUGAAUUUUUUUUUACUGUUUAAUUUUUUGAUUACUGAUAAGUUUUAAAACUAAUCAAAACUUUAAUUUGAAUAUACGUACGGAGGCUCCGUCAAGAGCUUCAGUGUUACACAUUAUCUAUAAACAGAGAGAAAGAGAGUUUAAGAUCGAAGUUUUGCUUGACAUUUCAUUAAGAGGAGUAAGAUCGUCAAAUUUUGGUUCCGGAGAUGAACGGAAGGCAGGGAGGGCAGAGAUCGGGUGCGGCGGGGGUGCAGGUGCACCACCAGAGGCAGUGGUCGUCCGAUAAUUUCCUGGAGAGCUCGUCUAAUGGGAGAUGGCUUCAAUCUGCUGGACUUCAGCACUUGCAGCAGCCUAACACCUCAAUGCCUUCUCUGCAGGAUUAUAAUUUCUAUGGCGGUACUGGAGGCGGAGGGCAAGGUUUGAGAAUGUAUAGGACUGGACAGAGGGGUUUUAAUGGAGGAAACGAGAUUUACACAGAGCAUUCAACACCACCGGUUAGUUCGCGGCCCUCAAGCCAAAGGAAGAGUGGUGAGCAGUCUCCAAAUGAGUUCAGUCCUGGGCUCUUGGAUCUGCAUUCUUUUGAUACUGAACUUCUUCCUGAGAUGCCCGUUACAGCACUGUAUGAUGGUAACUCUUUAUAUAAUCCUGUCCGAGGCCAAAGCUUUGAUGACUCUGAACCCUAUGUGUUAAACAAUAAACAGACUGGUAGAGCUCAUGGGUUGCCAGAGAACAACCUCCUGAAAAGCUUUUCUGCUGACAAAGAGAAGGCUAGUUCUGUUGCAAAGAUCAAAGUUGUGGUGCGCAAGAGGCCUCUCAAUAAAAAGGAGUUGGCAAAGAAUGAGGAGGAUAUUAUUGAGACACUUUCUAAUUCUCUAACAGUUCAUGAGACUAAACUUAAGGUUGACCUAACAGAAUAUGUUGAGAAGCAUGAAUUUGUUUUCGAUGCUGUGCUGAAUGAGGAGGUUUCAAAUGAUGAGGUGUAUCACGAGACAGUGGAGCCUAUAGUUCCUAUUAUUUUUCAACGGACGAAAGCAACUUGCUUUGCAUAUGGGCAGACAGGAAGUGGAAAGACUUAUACCAUGAAGCCAUUGCCCCUCAAAGCAUCACGAGACAUUUUGAGGCUGAUGCACCAUACUUAUCGGAACCAAGGAUUUCAGUUGUUUGUCAGCUUCUUUGAAAUAUAUGGAGGGAAAUUGUUUGAUCUCCUUAGUGAUCGAAAAAAACUAUGCAUGAGAGAGGAUGGUAAGCAGCAAGUUUGCAUUGUGGGUUUGCAAGAGUACAGGGUCUCAGAUGUAGAGAUGAUUAGGGAGCUCAUUGAGAGAGGUAGUUCCUCUAGAAGUACUGGCACAACUGGUGCUAAUGAAGAAUCCUCUCGCUCACAUGCCAUACUUCAGCUUGCUAUUAAGAGGUCAGUUGAUGGAAAUGAAUCAAAGCCUCCACGUCUUGUUGGCAAACUAUCCUUUAUAGAUCUUGCUGGAAGUGAACGUGGUGCUGAUACUACAGAUAAUGACAAACAGACAAGAAUGGAAGGUGCUGAGAUUAAUAAGAGUUUACUUGCAUUAAAGGAAUGCAUAAGGGCUCUUGACAAUGACCAGGGUCACAUUCCUUUCAGAGGCAGUAAAUUAACUGAGGUUCUGAGGGAUUCGUUUGUUGGCAAUUCUCGCACUGUCAUGAUAUCAUGCAUUUCACCAAGCUCAGGUUCUUGUGAACACACCCUCAACACGUUAAGAUAUGCUGACAGGGUGAAGAGUCUUUCAAAAGGGAACAAUCCUAAAAAGGAUAUCCUGUCUUCGACUAUAAACCUCAAGGAAUCAAUUACUAUGCCUGUAUCUACAGUUUUACCAACUGCAUCAGCCUAUGAGGAUGACACUGAUGCAUGGCCUGAUCAAAAUGAAAGAGAUGACUUUGAUGCAUCAGAAGACUCCUACGAACCAGAGAAACCAGUAUGGAAAAAAAAUGGAAAGUCAGAGCUGUUCAAUCUCCCUACCUCAGAAGAUAAGUUAAAACCCAAUGGUCAGACAAAAUGGAAGGAGCAGCCAAAAUCUGGUUUUAAGAACACAAGUUCAGAUGAUGAAUUGAAUGCCCUUCUUCAGGAAGAGGAGGAUCUUGUAAAUGCUCAUCGAAAGCAAGUGGAGGACACAAUGAAUAUUGUCAGAGAGGAGAUGAAUCUAUUGGUUGAAGCAGAUCAACCAGGGAAUCAACUGGAUGAUUAUGUAACCCGAUUGAAUGCCAUUCUUUCUCAGAAGGCUGCAGGCAUCAUGGAAUUACAAACCCGUUUAGGUCAGUUCCAGAGGCGGCUAAAAGAACACAAUGUUUUAGUAUCGAGUUCUGGUUACUGAUUGAAUGUAGAGGUUCAGAUACAAGUCAUAUUAUUAGCUCGGUACUCCCGUUUAUAAGAACAAUGGCAAUGUCAUCAGCUGCAUUGCGCCAUUGCUCUUUCAGUUUUAUGACUUUCAGUAGAGCAUUAUUUGGAAGCUUCGUGUUUCAGAGGCAGCAUUUAGCUGGAUGAUUCACCAGUUAAUUACAUAUUUGUGUCAUGGUAAUUUUUUUCUAUUUGAGACGUUGAGGAUCUUUUCACUGGAAUAGGAUCCUAUCUCUCUUUCCCAUAAUACCCUUUCCCUUUUUUUAUUCAUUCGCAUUGGCACUUGCAUGCUUUUGCAAAGUCAGCACUGUAAUUUGAUUCAUUAAUGGAAUAUUCAUUGUUGGACUGCUUA